CUCCAUCUCCUAGUGAGAAAUUUUCAUGUGCAUUUUGGAGUCUGAAUGAUGCAAUACCUAGCUGUUGCUCUCCGAUCAUCACCGUCGAUUCACCGCUUCUCUCCGCCGUUACACGCUGAAGGCACCGCCGCUUCCGCUAAAAGCAGAACUAAUCGCACUUCGGUUUCGUUCGGCAUUCGUAGUCCAGUAAGAUGUGUUCUUCAGUCGCCGUCUCUAGUUGCGGAUGAGGCAGAGUUCGUUGAAGCUUCGAAGAGAGGUAAUUUGGUGCCGCUUCACAGAUGCAUAUUCGCUGAUCACUUGACGCCAGUUCUCGCUUACCGCUGUCUGAUUAAUGAAGAUGAUAGGGAGGCUCCUAGCUUUCUUUUUGAGUCAGUGGAGCCUGGUUUUAGAUCUUCACAAGUUGGUCGAUACAGUGUGGUUGGAUCUGAGCCAUCAAUUGAAAUCAUCGCUAAAGAAAAUAAAGUCACCAUCGUGGAUCAUGAGAAAGGGAGUUUGAUAGAGAAAGUCGUUGAUGAUCCUAUGGAAAUUCCAAAAAGUCUCUCCGAUGGUUGGAAGCCUCAACUUCUUGAUGGACUUCCUGAUACAUUUUGUGGUGGAUGGGUUGGUUAUUUCUCAUAUGACACAGUUCGCUAUGUAGAAAAGAAAAAACUCUUGUUUAUAAAUGCACCACAAGAUGACAGAAAUCUAGCAGACAUUCAUCUUGGACUAUAUGAAGACGUCAUUGUGUUCGAUCACGUGCAGAAGAAAGCAUAUAUAAUUCACUGGGUGAGGGUUGAUCAGUAUUCAUCUAUUGAAGAAGCAUAUAAAGAUGGAAUUAAACGGUUGGAGAAACUGUUGUCUAAAGUACACGAUGUUGAUCCCCCAAAAUUACUCCCGGGUUCAGUAGAAUUAAGCACCCAUCAAUUUGGAACUCCCCUUGACCAGUCAAACAUGACUAGUGAAGAAUACAAGGCUGCAGUUCUUCAAGCAAAAGAACACAUUCUUGCAGGUGAUAUUUUUCAGAUUGUUUUAAGUCAACGGUUUGAAAGGCGGACAUUUGCAGAUCCCUUUGAGAUUUAUCGAGCUUUAAGAGUUGUGAAUCCAAGUCCAUACAUGACUUAUCUACAGGCUCGAGGGUGUAUCUUGGUUGGUUCAAGUCCAGAAAUUCUCACUCGUGUGAAAAACAAUGUGAUUGUUAAUCGACCUUUAGCUGGGACUUCAAGAAGAGGAAAGACUCCUGAUGAAGAUGAAGAGUUGGAGAAUGAGUUGUUGAAAGAUGAAAAGCAAUGUGCAGAACACAUCAUGUUGGUUGAUUUGGGCAGGAAUGAUGUCGGAAAGGUUGCUAAAUCCGGUUCAGUAAACGUAGAAAAGCUAAUGACCGUUGAACGCUACUCCCAUGUCAUGCACAUCAGUUCCACAGUGACAGGCGAGCUACUGGAUCAUCUCACUUGCUGGGACGCCCUUCGAGCCGCUCUUCCCGUAGGCACAGUCAGUGGUGCUCCAAAGGUGAAGGCGAUGGAACUGAUAGAUAAGCUGGAAGUAACGAGACGUGGGCCCUACAGUGGAGGAUUCGGUUGGAUUUCUUUUAGUGGUGAAAUGGACAUGGCGCUUUCGUUAAGGACGAUGGUGUUUCCAACUGGGGCCCGUUUUGACACAAUGUAUUUAUAUAAGGAGGAUAUGAAGAAGAAGAAGAGAAAGCAAUGGGUGGCUUAUAUUCAAGCGGGUGCGGGUAUUGUGGCGGAUAGUGUUGCGGAUGAUGAGCAGAACGAGUGUGAGAACAAAGCCGCUGGUUUGACUCGUGCUAUUGAUCUUGCUGAGUCAGCUUUCUGCAAAUGAAUUGUUUUUUUAAAGAAUAGAGGUAGGUGGUGUUGUUUUAGUUAUUUAGUGGAUGUACAACACAAUGAAAUGGAAAAUUCACUAGCUUUAUA